AUGCCAUCGUUUGCCGAACUCCGAGCAAAAGCAGAGGCUGCCGCAUCAAAUGCAAAGGAAACUGCAAAUGCGCGUAUUGCAGAUUAUCGCGGCGACAAGAAGCCAGAGUCGAAAUAUACAAGCUACAAGCCGCCACCGUUGAGGAACACUGUCAAACCUCCGAUUCCAACCAGAAGUACGAUUCAUACACAAGAGAAUGAAGAUAUACAUCCCACUACUCAGCCAGCAGGUGUUGGGGAACAGAAGCACGUUCAAGAGCAGAGCGCCAGUGGGAUAGAGAUGCUUUUGCGUGACAAGGAAAUCAAAGGCUGCGAUAUCACGCCACGCCAUGUCACACCGCCAAGAGUCCAAAGACCAAAGUCACCAGAGAAGCCAAAGGUACCAAUCAAGCCGGCAAGGUUGUCCUCUCCACCGCGGACUCGUCAACCUACCCAACAAAAGGAAGAGCCUUCAACGUCUCGGAUAUCCGAGUCAAACGACCCUUUUGAAUACCCUAUUCGUGCACCAGUAACAGCACGACACUCGCCACCUCCAGUGGCCGCUCGAGCUCGCGACGUGACCCCUGCACCUCCAGUGCGUAACCCGGUGGUGGAUCCCAUCAAGAAGGACUCAGAGUCUACAAUCGGAUACGAUGUGGACGAUGAACAGAUUGAUUAUCCCCCAAGCGAGCCCGCCCAAGCGCGACCUUCUUCACCUCCACCUCGACUCCCGAAGCCGAGCAGAAGGAUCCCAUCAAAUGAGAUUGAGGUCGCUACACCGAAUUCAACUCGAUCGAUAUUUGCACCACCUCCGAGUAGAAGGAUUCCGUCAAAGGAGAAUCAAGUAGCCACACCGACCUUCUCUGCACCGAAAACUGCUCCACCUCCUUCGGUGGACCGACAUAGGCGUCCGUCAGCGUCAAAUGAAGUCGAAGUCGAUGUGCUUGAAGAUGAACACAUAUACGGUACACCUCCAUCAAAUCCUCCACCUGGGUAUGGAGCCGGACCGAGUGCAGCUGUAGUAGCACGAUUCGGCACGCUACUCGCUGCGAAACCCAACGAGACUCAGCCAUCACAACCAACAUAUACCUCUCCCAGCUCACCUCCGCCUGCAAUGACUAUGAUCACCUCCGUCUCAAUGCACCAUUCACCCUCUGCGACAUCCCUAAGUCCGAGUAUACGCGCUCGACUUUCGCCGCCGGUGCAAUCUAUCAUCGGCAUCUCAUCACCAUCUACACUAGUUCCUAUACCACUCGUACCGAAACAAAUCGGUAGCCCGCCUCCACCCUUUUUCACGUCCUAUACCUCGGAUCCUCAGUGGACACCGUCGAUGCCGUACGCUUACAUGCCGCGUGCGUGGAGUGAAAAGCGUGAGGGCGAGCGAAGUGCGAGGGAACCGACGGAUGGACAGUGUUCGGCCGCACAGUUGUGUUCGUAUUUUGCCAAAGGUGUCGAGUGGGAUGCAUGGUAUGCGUCCAGAGAUCCCUCGGCACGCCCGGAUUCCAUCGUUGGAAGGGCAGAAGCCCGCUGGAGGGGGAAUGUCGUGACAUCGCAGGAGACAAAGAAAAGACUCUUUGGGAGCGAAAAGGUCUCUAUUGAACGGUCUAGACUAGGCGUCGUGACAUUCCAAGAUUACUCUAUCGGGUGGUACCGGGUUGCAUGGAAGGAGGGUGACCCAGUUCAAUCUCUUGUUCGCGAGGCGCGAUAUCGGGCGACGCCGAAACCACUCAAUGGUGAUAAACUCUACGCUGCCCAUCUCCUCUAUGGACAGCCUAUGGCGGAAUUUGUAGAACAAGCAAUCGAACGCGGUCAAUAUAUCGGGGACGGCGAAUCAUGGGAUAUAAUACCUGGGGCCCAAGCCAGUCUUCCUGGCAACAUUCCGCCCGUGAUGAGCUCGGUUGGACACUGCCAUGGGCAUCUACUGUACGAAGGCUACAUCGACGAAAGGUCUGGACGCGUAUGGGGUGCGACGCGAGGAGGCGAAAUUGCCAUUCGUGACGGAGAUAUUAUUCAAUGGUGCGAUGCGCAAUUCGAGACCCGCGACACCGAUGAAUACGGUGGCGGGAACGUGACCAUUCUGAACGUCGGUGAAAGCGGAUUCACAUCAAUGGUUCUCUCUGCUGAAGAGUUUCCCGUCGCGCUGCCAUCAGACGAGCAUACGCUCCCUCCAACACGUCUCCCCAAUCUAGAGAUCGCGAUACAAUCUGCAUCCAAUAGAGAACCACCUAGAAAGAGGCUCGUGGACUUUGGCAGUAUGCGAAAUGGACGAGUGUGGAUUUAUCGAUGUGUUGGGUGGGACUAUGUAGGUCUGGAGAGAGAACCAGAUGCGGUAUGGCCCCCACCAGACCCAACGCUGUUUUUGCCUUGA